GGAGGCGUGGAGGUGGUACUACGUGGUGGUCGGCGAGAGCCACGUGGACAUCAGCGACACCUGGUGGCAAACAGAGACGGGCGGCCACCUCAUUACGUCGCUGCCGGGCUGCACGCCGCUGAAGCCGGGAAGCGUGACGCUGCCGUUCUUCGGCAUCGAACCGGGCCUGCUGGACGCAACGACGCUGAAGGAGAUCGACGGCCCCGGCGAGGGGCUCCUCGUGAUCAAGCGUCCGUGGCCGGGGCAGGCCCGUACCAUCUUCGGCGACGGUGAACGCUACGAGCAGGUGUAUUUCCCCGUGGAGGGGUACUACUUGACGGGGGACGGGGCCCGCCGCGACGAGGACGGCUACUACUGGAUCACCGGCCGCGUCGACGACGUGCUGAACGUCAGUGGCCACCGCAUCGGCACCAGCGAGGUGGAGGAUGCAGUGAACACGCACCCCGCCGUCGUGGAGAGCGCCGUGGUUGGCGCCCCGCACGACGUGAAGGGGGAAGGCAUUUACGUGUACGUCACGUUUCACACGCACGUCACCAUCGACAAGGCGCUUCUCACCUCCGUGAAGGAGACGGUCCGCAAGGUGAUUGGGCCGCUGGCGACGCCCGAUCACGUCCACCCGGCGCAGUCUGGGCUUCCCAAGACGCGGUCCGGCAAGAUUAUGCGCCGCAUCCUGCGCAAAAUUGCCGCCGGCACAUUUGACGACCUUGACGACGUCACGACCCUCGCGGACCCAGGCAUUGUGGCCGAGCUCAUCGAGGGGCGGAAGGGGGUGUCGAUGUGA